CUGAACAAACAGAAGGAAAUCUCACGACCAGAAUACAUAAACGCAAGCUCGCUACAAAAACACGAUCAGGAAGGACACCAGUUCCACUGCGGUAGCAUUCGCUUAUUGUCUCAAGCAAGAGCAAAGAAAGAACGUAAAUCUAUGGAAGCGCAGUAUUACACCGAAGAAGCUAUCUACAAAGUAAGCGAAACAGACCCUUUUCCAACCAUUAAGAACAAGAAAACGCCAAAACCAGGAAGCUCCGGGGUAGCUUUUGCGAAUCAUGAGAAAAGCAGGAAAGCCAGGUUUAAACGGACAAAUCAUUCCGAUAGGGGGUGUACUCAGUCCAUAAACCAAUGUACCAAAUUAAUUGGUGGCCCUAAAAUGCGACAUAAACGCGCACAGACAAACAUGAGAUAUCCACUAAACUGUGUACUAAUUAUGCCUCCCCGUAUGAUGACGAAGCAUUUCUUCAACGAAAAGAGAACGCGAACUUAUGGAUGCGUGGCAUUCCACCGAAGGUGCCAUCAACAAACACACCGAAAUCGAUCUAAUUUAGCAGCCACUAAGAGCGAGCGAACGCCAGAACCACAAAGCUUAGAGGUGCAAAAACAACCAGACGAGGAACUCGUAGGUGAAGGAGGAAUGCAUCAUUCAAACGGACAUUCAAACGGAUUGGAGGAGGCGCCCAACCAAAGCACCAAAUCAACCGGCAGGAGCAGGGAGUCAAAAUGA